AUAUUUCGCUCCCAAUAGCCACGGCGAGAGGGUUUUCGUGGAGCGGCGGCGAGAUGGAGGAGUUGGACGAUUGGGGCCUCAGCGCCGAGGAGCUCAACUUCUUGGAGGAAGACGCCAUCAAGAAGAUCUCCGAGAGGAAAGCCUCCUCCUCCUCCGCAUCCGUCAGCGUCGCCCCCUCCUCCUCUUCUUCUUCUUCUCCCCUGCCGUCCAAAGCCUCCAGCCGCAUGAACCCACCUUCCGUGUCCCCCGAGCAGCCUUUCUCGAGAAACUCCUCGGAAUCACGAUACCAAAAGGUUGAAACCUUUCCUGUGCUAGGUCUAUCUUCAACGGAUGCAUCCAGAGAAACUGGGAAAGACACCACUUUUGCUCAGUCCAAGCUCUGUGUCAGACUUUGUCUUCAUGCCAGUGGUGUUAUCGCGGCAAAGUUCAAUUAUCAUCCGUUACUUGUAGAUGCAUUUCAUAAGAUCCCAAAGGCUAGCUGGCAUGGAAGGGAAAGACUAUGGAUGUUCCCUCCAUCAUCCUUGGAUGUGGCUGAGGAAGUUCUUAACGCGGUGGCUGGUGUGGAUGUUGAGGUUCAAAAGCUUGAUCCAUUAGUCCGACGUGCCCUUGCUGCUGCAUCUGCUGUUCCAGAUCUACGAGAAGAUCUAUAUGACAGGAUGCCAAGCCAUGUUGAAUCAAAACUUCUACCUUUCCAACGAGAAGGAAUUAGAUUCAUGCUGCAGCAUGGUGGACGUGCUCUUUUAGCUGAUGAAAUGGGUCUUGGAAAGACAUUACAGGCAAUUGCUGUUGCUGCUUGCAUUCCGGAUGCAUGGCCUGUUCUUGUUAUCACCCCGUCUUCCUUGCGUUUACAAUGGGCUUCUAUGAUUCAGCAAUGGCUUAAUAUAUCUUCUGCAGAUAUUCUGGUAGUUCUGUCUCAACAUGGAGGCUCUAACAAGGCUGGAUUCAAGAUAGUGUUCUCAAAUUUGAAGUCAAAUAUCCAUUUAGAUGGUGUUUUCAACAUAGUUUCUUAUGAUGUAGUUCCUAAGAUACACGAUAUACUUCUGGCUUCUGAGUUUAAGAUUGUCAUUGCAGAUGAAUCACAUUUUAUGAAGAAUGCUCAGGCUAAGCGAACAAAUGCUUGUCUUCCAGUUCUUCAGAAAGCUCAAUACGCAAUUCUUCUGAGUGGAACUCCUGCUUUAUCCAGACCUAUCGAGUUGUUCAAGCAGCUUGAGGCCUUGUAUCCUGGUGUUUACAGAAAUGUUCAUGAGUAUGGGAAUCGUUACUGCAAGGGUGGUAUCUUCGGAUUGUAUCAAGGUGCAAGCAACCACGAAGAGCUACACUGUCUAAUGAAAGCAACCGUCAUGAUUCGCAGAUUAAAAAAAGAUGUCCUCUCACAGCUGCCAGUGAAGCGUAGGCAACAAGUCUUCCUAGAUUUGAAAGAGAAAGAUAUGAAACAAAUUAGAAUUCUGUUUCGUGAGUUGGAGGUAGUGAAGAUGAACAUUCAGGCUUGUGAUUCCCCUGAGAAGAUGGAGUCUUUAAAAUUUAUGCAAAAGAAUCUUAUUAACAAGAUCUAUAAUGAUUCAGCAGAAGCUAAAAUUCCUGCAGUUCUGGAUUACCUGAGCACUGUUAUUGAGGCAGACUGCAAAUUCUUGAUAUUUGCUCACCAUCAGCCCAUGAUUGAUGCAAUACAUCAGUUUCUUCUUAAAAAGAAAGUUGGCUGUAUAAGAAUAGAUGGCGGUACCCCAUCAUCGAUGAGACAAGCUUUAGUAAAUGAAUUUCAGGAGAAGAUUGAAAUAAAGGCUGCAGUUCUUUCAAUCAAAGCCGGAGGUGUUGGAUUGAACCUGACCGCAGCAAGUACAAUCUUUUUUGCUGAGUUGACCUGGACUCCUGGUGAUAUAAUUCAGGCAGAAGAUCGUGCUCACCGGAUUGGCCAGGUUUCAUCGGUCAAUAUAUAUUACCUUCUCUCAAAUGACACUGUUGAUGACAUAAUCUGGGAUGUUGUUCGAAGCAAAUUGGAAACUUUGAGCCAGAUGCUCGAUGGCGAAGAAAAUACAUUAGAAGUGUCUUCCAGUCAAACAAGCAAAAGUCCUCAAAAGCAAGCAACUUUAGACUCCUUUAUGAAACGCUGUCAUGGAGCUGGGGAUGCUCAGCACAUUGCAAAAACUCCCAAAUUUUGAUACACAUUUUGUUGUUGUUGUGUAACAUUCAUUAUAUAUAUAUAUAUAUAUAUAUAUAUAUAUAUCCCCAUUUCUUGUAUGUCUAUAUUUUUUUGGUUUUGGACAAGUUCUCUUGAAGCCUGUAAUCUAUUGUAAUUGACGAACAGCUUGCAAAUGCCAGAAUGAUCUGAUCAAUAGAGAAAAAUACUAGUGACGCA